AUGAGUUCACUCGCUGUAACUGACUGUGGGCGCGAACAACGGACGAUAGGAACAGAUAUACGUCUCCAGCUGGCGGAGCAGACGCGCGUGUUGGAGGCGCGGGCGGAGGCGGCGGCGGGCGUGGCGGCCGAGCUGCACGACUACUGCAAGCGACGGGCCGACCUCGAGCAGGAGCACGCGCGGGCGCUCGACAAGCUGGCCCGCGCCGCCGCGCAGAGGCACAAGGACCAGAGGCACAAGCGGGACCAGUGGCCGCUGACCGGCGCCUACGCCUGCUGGCAGGCGGCCCUCGAGAACACGCGCGCCCUGUCCAGGGACCACGCCGCGCUGGCCGAGCUGUACGCCGGACCCCUGGCCGCCCGGCUGCAGCGGGCCGCCGACGACGUGCUGCGGCUGCACCGGAAGUGUCGGGACGUGGUGGCCGAGAGGCACGAGGAGGUCGGCGCCGCGCUGGCCGAGGCCGCCGCCGGGGGGAAGGCGCACGCCGCCGCCGCCGCCGACUGGCGCGCCGCCGCGCUCAAGCUGAGACACGCGCACGCCGCGCGGGACGCUCUGCUGGCCGCCGAGCCGCCGCGACACAAGAAGAUCAAGGCCGUGGACAAGGAGCUGGACAAGAGACGCACGAGACACAGCGAGGCUAGAGCGAAGGCGCUGCGGGCUCGAGCCGACUACGUGUUGAGUCUGGAGGCGGCCAACGCCACGCUGCAGAGAUACUACCUCGACGACAUCGCCGACAUCAUGCUGGUGACUAUAUACAAGGACGGACUCGGCUCCCUCCACACACACACUGACUACUGA